GCUUGGAAAAACUUGAAACCUGCUGCUGUUUCUCUCUCUAACAAAAAUCUUAGAGGGAGAAACAAACCUCUGUUCAUGAUGAUGAAGAUCAUGGUGGGAUCACUCAGUCCUUUAUAAAUUUGGUCUUUCUUCUCCAUCUUUGACUUUGGAAACAAUUCUUCUUCUUCUUCCGUAUUCACAGAUAUCUUCUGUCUCUCCCCUGUUUCAUAUUUCUUUUUCUUUUUUUUCUGAAAAUCAUUUCACGGUUGUUUCAAGAUCUUUCUCUCAAAGUUUUGUUCUUGUUAUUAAAAGGGCCAUUUCUGGCAACUGGGUUGCUCUCAGUUUUAAUGCUUCUGCCUUGGAUUCAGAGCUCACAUUAUUGUUUGUACGUUUUGAGAAAUAAAGAUAGCUUUUAAGAUCCACCCAGAAAACGAAGUUUCCAAGCCUGAGUUGAAUGGUUUCUUAAUUUUAAUUGUUUUUGUUAUUAUUUGUUGAAUCUUUUAUCACAAACUGCAAUCCAGCUCAUUCAUUCAAGAAUGUUCUGUUAAUCUAUCCACGAAAUGGUUCAAGUUCCCAUAUAAAAAUCCUGUAUUUAUUUGAUUUUUUUGGACCAUUUUCUUCAAAUUUCUUUUGUUUUUUUAUUUAUCAUCUUUAAUUGCAACCUUCCUUUUUUCUGUAAUGGGUUGUGCGAGUUCCAAGCAAAACAAGAGGUGCCGGCACUGCCAGAGUCCGUACGUGCCGGUGCCGAGAAGCCAUUCAAUGCACGUGCAUCAUCCGCCACAAGGCAAAGGUGAUAGCUACCAUGUGGUGGCGCUCACGUCCACCACUUUGGGCUCUUUGAAGCUGGACUUCAACAAGAACAAUCAAAACAAUGUCAACAACAACAAUCAUAAUGUUGAAAUCAACGGUGGUGAUCAUCCUGAUGUUGGUGGUCGUGGUGGUGGUGCGAAUGAUGAUAAGAGCAAAAGCACCAAGGAUUUUUCAAUGGGGUUGGUUGAGGCAAAGGUUUGGUCCAGCAUGAUUGAAGAGAAGAUCCCAAAAGUUGUGCCUAAAACUCCUACCAGAACUCCUCCUGGAGAGCCUGAGACUAUCAAUACUUGGGAGUUGAUGGAGGGACUUGAAGAUGUUAGUCCAUUAAUGAGAUCACCUAAUCACAUUCGGAGUUUUUCUUUUGAUGUUGUCAAGAAUUUGAAUUCCAAUGCUGUGGUACCUCUUGAUGAUCAUCCUGUUCCAAAGUCUAAACUCUCUGAAAGUAAUGCCACGGUCUCACUAAAGACUUUGUGGUACCAAAUGGCAGAUGGGGAUGAUGAUAAAAAUUCCAAUUUGGUUUCAGUAUUAGAUCCUGAAGUUAUUCAAACGUUCAAGAAAUCUUUCCACGAGCUAUCUCCAGAGCACCCGUUUCAUCUCAGGCAGCAAUUGGAGAAUGAAAAUGAAAAUGAAAAUGAAAAUGAAAAGCAGCAACCGGCCGUGGCCGGCAAUGAGUUGUUAUUAGAUUCCUUGGAAGGCAAGAAGGCAGGAAAUGUGGUAGUUUCAGAUAAAAAAUUUGGAAAACAAAAAGUUGUGGUGUACUUCACAAGCCUGAGAGGAGUUCGGAAGACAUAUGAGGAUUGUUGCCAUGUGAGGGUUGUAUUAAAAAGCUUAGGCAUUCGUGUUGAUGAGAGAGAUGUUUCAAUGCAUUCAGGCUUUAAGGAGGAGCUAAAAGAGCUUUUAGGAAAUGGGAUUACAGGAGGCAGCUUGCCAAGAGUAUUUCUGGGGAAAAAGUACAUUGGAGGAGCUGAAGAGAUAAGGCGAUUGCACGAAGAAGGGCAACUGGAGAAGAUGCUUGAAGGGUGUGAAAAAGUGGAUGGAUUUGGUGGAGUUAAUGGAGUAACUUGUGAUGCUUGUGGGGAUGUAAGAUUUGUGCCUUGUGAAACAUGUUCAGGGAGUUGUAAAAUAUACUAUGAAAAGGAAGAAGAAGAAGAAGAAGAAGAAGAAGAUGAUGAUCAAGAACCAUGGGAAGAUGAAGAAAGUGAAUUUGGGUUCCAACGUUGUCCUGAUUGUAAUGAAAAUGGACUAACAAGGUGUCCCAUGUGUUGCUAUUAGUUAAAACUCAUAAUUAAGCACAAGUUUUUUUUUUUUUUUUUCGAAUUUUUGGUCUUGUGAUUCUUCAUUUUGAGUCGUUUGUUGUACAGUGAGGGGUUUUUGAUAUGUUUGAAGAAGGAGAGAUUCAUAUAAAACACAGCCUGCAAUAGAGAAAACAGGUGAAUAAUGUGUUCUAGUCAUGUGUA